AUGGGGACACCUAGGGUAGUGAAAAGUCAGGCUAUAACGGAUUUAUUGGCACAGUUUCCAAGAGAGGAAGAAUUCCCACUGGAUGAUGAAGUUCCAGGGGAAGUAGUCAUGGCAGAAGAAGUCAGAGAACAGUGGGUAAUGAAGUUCAAUGGAUCUUCUACUACCCAUUCCGGGGGGGUAGAAGUAGUUUUGUAUCAUGAAGAAGACAAGGCAGUGGCGCUAUCAUUUAAGUUGGAAUUCCCCUGUUCGAACAACACAGCGGAGUACGAGGCCUACUUAACUGGGCUUGCCACGGCCCUCGAAAUGAGAGUCAAACAUUUGAAAGUAUUGGGAGAUUCGAACUUGGUUAUCUGCCAGGCUAAGGGAAGCUUUUCCUUAAAGAAGCCUAGCCUAGCCCCGUAUAAAGCGAUGGUCCAGAGAAUGGAAGAGAAAUUUUCAACCUUUGAAAUUGAGCAUGCUCCGAGAAAUGAAAAUUGGUUUGUCGAUGCAUUGGCUACACUGGGUUCGCAAAUAAUCUUCAAAAGGAGUAUUGCCAGGAUAGAAGUCAGUAAAAGGGAAGAAUCCAUCAUUGAGGUACUGAAGGAAAAGUUCCGGGAGGAACAGGGCGAAGGGGAUUGGCAGAUCCCCAUAAAGGAAAUCUUGGUAAAGGGAGACGAUGCAGCAGAAUUAAAGAUGUUAAAAGAUUAUGCCUUGGUAAAAGAAGAGUUGUAUCGCAGGAUGCUAGGUGGGGUCUUAUCCAGAUGCGUGGGGCAGGAAGAAGCCCAAAGAAAAUUGAAAGAAAUAUACGACAAGACUUACGGGUCUUGCAGAGAAGUCAGUCUUUACCGCAGACUUCAGAGAGCAGGCUUCUAUUGGCCAAGUAUGGGUAAAGAUGCAAAUUAA